UCUCCUUCAUGAUUGCUUCAUUUGGGUUUUUUCAAUGCCAUAAAACCGUUUUGUUUCCGUCUCUCCUUCAGCUAUGUCUCACAGGAAUGCAGGGAAGUUUUUUUUAUGGUUUUCUUCCUGAAUGUUUAUCCUCACUUUCUCCCCUCCCCAUCCCCCAACUUCAUGUUAUCACAACCCCUUACCUUGAGUGUGUGUGUUAUGCAGACACACCCAACCACUGUAUGUCAACCAAUCACCGAGACACUCAUGAGGAGGUGAACUUCCUGUGUUUUAGUGAGAGAAGAAUGAGCCAGGACAGAGGAAAGAGUCGCCAGCUUGUUUUUGCCAGAGGGGGGUCCGCGCGACGAGUCACGUGCGCACCGUGAAGGACCAGAGGUAGUGGACGCGCUCGCGGGGCUUUGGCUCGCGCCGGUGAGAGGCCUCCUCCGUUCACCAGAGGACGGAAUUGAGUAGGGAAAAGAGGAGGGAGAAGAUAAGUGUCAAUCUGUCGAGACUUGUUUGGGAAUUUGAGGAAGGAGGGGAGCUGGAGAGAGAAGAGAGAGGCUGCAGGAGAAAGACGCCACAAGAAAUCCACGUAAACAAGGACUUUUCUCGGGAGUGGAACGAUUGAGGAAUUUAAAGGAAAAGAAAAGUAAAAGGCAGCGGAGUUUUGUCUUAAAAAUGAGGACAUUUGCUUUGUGACUCAAUGUUCACAAAAGGAAUGACAUUUCAGGAGUUGUGCAAUCCCAUGCCUUUGAGCUAAACUGAAACAGGGGGAGAUCAAUUCUCCCCAGAACAAAACUUCAGGUACUACUACUAGGCGCUACUAUGGGCACCAGAAAAAACAUCUAUAACCUAUUUGGGAAUUUAUCUAACAUGACAGACCACAAGUUUCUGGCAGGUGGAAAAAGCUCCCGAGAUCCAAGUCCCAAGCCAAAAACGAAGUCUUCGUCAGAAAGAGACCCCACGCAGGAAAAUUGGAGUAAAGAUCAAGAGAAAGAACGACACAAAGAUGUGGGCAUGUUUCCACUCAAAAAGGGAGGGAAAGAACAGAAGGCAGAAGGUGGCAAAAGUAGGAACGGCAGAGUCUUUUCAAAUAUCGAGAGGGAAGAUGAUCAUAAUGAAAAAGAGAUUUAUUUGGAGCGUGGUACAUUUCCCAGAAUGAGUAAAAAUUCCUUUGAUCCUAGAUUGAGAAUGGCAUCUUCUUCUGAGAUGCAGGAUAAAAGAGAACGAAGACCCAAAGACUAUCCUAAAAGAGAGGCGAUAGAAGACAAUAGAGAUCAAAGAAAUCAUGAGACCAGGUCCAGAAGCAGGGAAGUGGGUAAAAACAUGGAGAGAUGGUCCUUAGAAGAUGAAAGGCUGUACCAGCGAGAGAAAUACAGAUCUAGUGGUGGAGGCCUCCAAGACAGAGAAGGAGAUACAGGUGAUUGGAGGGAAAUUAGAGAAAAAGACGCACCAAGAAAAAGAGAAAAAACAAGAUCAGACAUGGACAGGAUGGAUCCCAGAAUGUAUAACACAGACAGAGUAUUUGACAGGGACAGAAGAGAAAGGCCCCCAAGGAGAGAAGAAACAAAGGAUUCAAGGGGAGACGGAUACAUUGAUGAAAGACAACCAAGGCUUGACAGAGGUAGAGAGGAUGGAGAUGGACAGAGGUACAGAGACAAGGACACAGGGAAAGAAGAGGAGAGAACCAAGAAGAGCAGAGCUCAUAAAAACAGGAAGAUGGAAAGAUCAGCAGACAAAGUAGAGGAAAGAUAUAGGGAAACUGAUAGAGGUCUAAGAGAUGAAAUGAGAAAAGAUGAUCGUCAUAGAGAGGAAAGAAGAACCAGGGAAAGAAAGAAUGGACAGGAAGGUAUCCAAGGCAAAAGGUCUGAAUGCCACUCACCUGGUGGUGGUAGAGAUAAGAGAAGGGAUGCAGACGAGGAGAGAAUGUAUAAACGACGUGGAGACAGUGAUGAGGACAGGAAAACAAGUAGACAGAGGACUGGUGAGCAGGAAAGAGGAGAAGAUAAAUUGAGAGAUUCAGAUAGAACUGAGAGAAGUCAGAGGUUUCAAAAUAGAGGUGAUAGAGAUGAUGGCAGAGGAACGAGAGGCCAUACUCUUGAGCCAGGAAGGAUGUGGUUAGACCCACAGAGGGGCAAGAAUAGUAAAGAAAGUAGAGACAGAGAGAGACGCACAAGACAGAAGGAAGAGUGGAGUGAAGAGGAGAAGUUGCAGGCAGUGAAAGGAAGAGACGAGCGACGAGGUAGUGGGGAACCAGACUCAAAAACACUGGUGGAGAGAAAUGAAUUAAACAGGGGAGAACCAGAGGGAGCAAGUGUAGAGGGAGACGAGGAGAGCAGAACGAUGAGAGGUCAGAGGCGAGGGAGAGAAGACAGCUGGCAAAAAAAUGGACAGACGAAGUACACAGCAGUUAACUCAGAGGACAGUGACAGGGAGGAAGGGGGUGAAAGCAAUUACUCUCCACACUCUUGGAGUGAAGAAGGAAGUGAGGUCGGAUGGAAAGAAGAACGAGAAAGAAUGCCAUCAGCAGAGGAUGGUUUUAUGACAUUGUCCAGUAGUGGAGAUGAGAUAGAAAAAGAGUUCAGUGGAUGUGGAGACACUCUCAAGGAACCCUCAUCUUAUGACUCCAUGGAAUUUGAAAGUCACGAGGAAAGGGAAGAAGAUGAGGAGAAAAAAAGACGGAAAAAGAAAGGAAAGUGUUUUUUUCGCACGAUUCAGCUAUCAGGAUUUCAACAACAAAACAGGGAGGUGUCACAGGAUGAUCAAAAAGGAGGAGUGGAUGGAGAAAACCCAAAUUUAGAAAGUCAUCCUGGUCUAAAUAAUGACGAAGCAAAUUUCCAGGAAAACAUAUCAAUUACAAAAGCAAGACGUGAUGACCAGCAAGAAAUCAGUAACCAGUAUGUAAAAGGUGACUCUAACCCAGCAAGGGAAGAAACGUUUACUUCAGAAGAAACAGAUGAACUGGAAAUACAGAAUUCGUUUUCAGAGCCUCAAGAAGCGGCUAAAAAAAUGAGGCCCAAAGUGGGAAAAAUUAAAAGAGACUCAAAAACGGAAAAACUUCUCAAAGCGUGGAAGGAGAAAAACAAUGAACUUGCAGGCGAAGAAAGUGCGCAACCUCCUUCUGUCCUACGUAAUCCUGGCGAUGGUUCCCAGGAGACUUUUGACCAAACUCAACGCUUUUUGGAUCAAAUAAACAUUGAAGCGAUGAGUGAAGAACAGGUGGAGGCCAUUCGGGUUAGAAUGAGUGGAGCAUGGAGCACCGAUGACCCCAAGAGGCAUUCCCAUCCACCUCACCUGAAAUGGGCUACAAGCGUGGUACGAGAAAUACUAGGGACCUCAGAAGAAAACGCAAUGGAGGCCACUCAUGAGGUUCCAGGGAGAACUCCGGGGGUGCCCACUUUAAAAAUUUGGACUAGUACCCAGUGUUCAGAUGCAGAAGGGGAGGACUACAGCCCGCCGGAGGAUUUUGGAGAUGAUGCAGAUGUUGCAAGCAGAAGCAUGGGAGACCAUGAGCUGAGGGCGAAUCUUCAUUCAUAUCCAAGAAAAAAAAGGAAUUCAAAAUAUUGCAAAGCUGCACAGCUCUACCAGCAGUACAAUGAGGCUGCGCAGAACAUUGAAAUCCUGCGGCAGGGUAGCGCAGACGCGCUUUCCGGAUGCGAGGGUCCUCCUUCGUCUCCCGUUCCAUCACCACCGCCAUCCCGCAGACCUCUUCCCUCCCUGCCCACAGUCCUGCACCCCCAUUCCUUGUCUCACCACCCCCACUUGUCCCACUCCUUCCAUAACACUGGAAGCCUUCCUCUCCCGGCGUCUCACAGUAACAAACGCCGGCCUUCCUCGCCACGUCUGUCCAUUUCACAACCUGGAACGCUGUGGCGGGAACUUCCGGGCGUCAGGGACAGCAACGAGCUAGAGGAAGUCACAGAAAACCAGUGGCGUCUACAGGAGGUGCGCUUCGAAGUUGUAACAUCAGAGGCCUCCUAUUGUCGGAGUUUGGAUAUUGUUGCUGAACACUUUGUCAAGUGCAAGUCGCUGCUGGACCUGUUGGGCAAUCAGGAUCGAAACUGGCUUUUUUCUAGACUGUUAGAAGUUCGUGCUAUAAGCCACAGGUUCUUAGAGAAGCUGGAGGAACGCGUGGACUCGGACAUCAUGCACUUCACUGUUUGUGACAUUAUUGCUCACCAUUGCAAGCGCUUCCGAUCGGUUUACGUUCCCUACCUCACCAACCAGUCAUACCAGGACGCUACCUACCAGAGGCUCAUGACUGAGAAUCCAACAUUCAAGCAGCUUGUGGAGAGUAUUGAGAAGAAUGCUGUUUGUCAGAGACUCCCUCUUCGUUCUUUUCUUGUGCUUCCUUUCCAAAGGAUUACAAGACUUAAACUGUUGGUGCAGAACAUUGUGAAAAGAACAACCCCUGGUACCGCCGAGGCGAAGCAAGCUAUCAGAGCGAUGAAACUUCUGGAGACGAUCAUUCAACAAAGCAACGAUAGCAUCUCCCAGAUGAAAAGCAUAGAGUCUCUGGUCUCUCUCAAUGCUAAAGUGGACUUUGAUUGCAAGACUCUUCCUCUGAUCAGUCAGUCUCGGAGGUGGGUGCGAGAAGGUCCCGUGAUCGAGCUGAUUGAUUUGGCUUGCAAAGACCCGGAGCGCAACCUUUACUUGCAUCUCUUCAACGACUACUUGCUGCUGUCGCUACAAAAAGAAGGAGGGAGGUUUACAGUAAUCAACCACGCUCCUGUCAAUGAAGUGCAAGUAGAAAACUGCCGUAUCAAACUUCACUCCCUCCAGAAGAACCUGUUCCGGUUGCAAAUGUCAACCAAAUUCUACUUGCUAAAGACUGACACACAGAGUGAUAAGCUUCGCUGGAUCUCUGCGCUCUCCAGGCCUCAUCCUCAAUUGGAUUUUUCUGCUGCUCAAGACUGUGAUCAAAUGCUAUGUGUCAAAGCUUAUAUGGCUCAGCAGCCUGACGAGCUGUCCUUGGAAAAAGCUGAGGUCAUUCUCGUGCAUCAGGAUAGCAGUGAAAAUUGGGUGGAGGGAACCAGGCUGUCAGACUUCCAGCGUGGAUGGGUGCUGAAGUCACAUUUAGAGACCAUAAGCAGCUCGAGAAUCAAGGAGCGAAACCUGUCAGACGCCUUUAAACUGACCACAGCCACGGCCGCCACAGUGGUCGAUUAAGUCAAUGAACAGGAACAUAGCAAAGGGGGUCUCAAAAAGAAAACACAGAUGGAGGAAUCAAGAUGUGUGCCAUAAAAACUGGACAAUAGACUUUCUGUGACGUUUCUCCUGACAUGAUCCUCACAGGAGUACAGCAGUCAGAACUGCUGCAAGGAUGCAUUUCACUGGAGCUGUAUGUCCCUUUCUCUCCAAAAUAUUUAGUUUUCCUUGAAAGCUCAUAUCAAGUUGUAGAGUAGUGACUGUUAUGCUCAACACAUUGUUAAAACAAUCUUGUACAAAAUACAACAAAUGAAUAUUGUUUUGUAACAACCAUUUUUUAAAGGAAAUAACUUUUCUGAAUAUGUUUUUUUUUCAUAAAUGAUGGUUUCUUUGUAAAUGACCAAAUUUUAAGAUAGAAAAUUUUAAAUGUAUUUUAUUUUUUAGUGUUUGGCCUCUGUGUGCAUGAGAGGCAACAGACAUUUUAGUCUUUAAGACAAUCAUACUAUGAACAACCUUCCUAAAAGGGUUUCAAUAAAUCUUAACUCAAGUAAAAA